AUGUCAUCGACAGCAGCAUACGAUGAAAUUGCGCCGGAUGCAAUUGGCCCUGAAGGCGACGUAAAGGCGCAAAGUACACCACUCAAACAUCUUGACACCGUGGUGGCAUUGUAUGAUUUCCCAGGCACUCAACCUUCACAUUUACCCCUCAAUCUCGGCGACUCGAUCUGUGUGUUGUCCAAGUCCCCCUCAGGUUGGUGGGACGGGGUGAUUGUGGCACAGAAUGGCGAGCUUUUAAGGGGCUGGUUCCCCAGGAAUUACGUCCGUAGUGUCAAUUAUGUUCAACCAGUGUUGAACAAGUUGAGGAGUGGUAAGGAGAUGGAUAGUUUGACGGCGGCAAACACCGCGGCUAAUGUAUUGAUUCCUCUGUUUACUCAGUUGUUACAAAAGAAUUUGGUUGAUGAAAGAGGAAGUACAGGAAGUAGUCGGAAAAAUAGUAUGGUGAGUUUUAGUGAUGAGCAUCCUUUGAGCCAGCAUCCUCUGAGCCAGCUGGUACAGCUGGUUCAGAACUCCCAGAUCCAUAACCCCCAGACUCAGAACUCCCAGAUCCAUAACCCCCAGACUCAGAAUUCUCUGGCCUUCCCCAUUGGGAAUACUCCUCAUUCUCAAUUCAAUGGACCGUUUGGAGGGAGUCCUGGGACAAGUCCAGGACUUAGUCCUGGACCACAGCUUGGACAAGAAGUGGGAUCUGGAACACAACAGCCAGGACAGCCAGGACAGCCAGGACAUCCAGUUAUACAGCCAGGAACUUCCUUGCUUGCUCCUCAACUUGCCCAGCAAGCUGGACAAGUUGAACAAGUUGGAAGCUUCUCCACAACUGGAGGCUCCUUCUCCACAAUCUCAGCCAUGUCCACCGGUACCCCCACCGACACCCCCAUUGGUACCCCCACCGGCACCCAGAAUGAACCCCCCAUCAUCACUCCCAAUUAUUCCACAGACUCCGAACAAGUGGGAUCUCCAGCACCAUCGAGUCUCUCCAGCCAAGCUGGUCCAAUACAAUCUGGACAAUCUGGACAAUCCAGCACUUCAAGUGGCCCCCGUUUCAUUUCUAACAUCUCCACUGUCGAAUCUCUUGUCAACACCUAUCGUCAAUCUCAUUCCACAGCGGUCCCUUGGAUCUCUAGAGUCACUACCGAGGGAGAUUUCGCCUUCUACAACCAACAACUCGACGUCUACUCUUCCUCCAUCCCGCUAACCACCUACAAGUAUGCCACCGAUACAACCCUCAAAUUGGAUAUGCCCUCCCCUUCAGCUCUUCUAGAUACCUCCAUUGUAUCUCGACAAGCUUAUGAAUCGGAUGCUCAAUCCAUUCAUUCUUCUCAUUCACAUCGCUCUAGUCAUUCCCAAAAUUCCACCCACAAUCACUCCCGCUCACCUUCGGGUUCUGGUGCCUCUUCCAAGGACUUUGAUAUGAAAAGAGACUCCAAUGCAUCGCUGGUUGAUAGCAACGCCCUGACGUUCUACCAUCAGUUCUCCCAACCUUUCUUCAACAUGGACGGCCUCUUCUAUAACCAACCAUUGGAUAUCACCCGUUGGUCUGAAUUGGGCCAACAGUUCAAUUUCCUCUUGGAAUUGACCCAUAAGGCACUCCGCGACAGUAACAAGCAGUUGUUCAGUACUCAUUUCAACCGCUUGAACAAGCUCUUGUCAAUCUUAUUCCUGGCAACAAGACUUGCCCAGAAGGAUUUCAAUGAUGGUAAAUACGAGAGAAGCAUCCGCAGGAAAUUGAAAAGAAUUGCCGGGGCUUAUGCCAGGAUCUAUACCAAUGGACUUCUUCACCUCAGUGUCAUUCAUUAUGGCGGUGAAGACGAAAAGUUUUUUGAUAUGGGCAUCCAUCGGUUGAAUAAGAGCAUGCUGCCAGGCGACAGUGUUGUGGGGAGUACGGGCAGUUCUUUGAGUACUAUGGAAGGCCCGGGACCAGGAGGUCCCGGUCAUUCCGUGUUAGGAACUUUAGGUGGAGGCACUUCCAUAUCCACUCCUGGCACUCCUGGCACUCCUGGAUCAACCCAUUCAGGAGGAUUCCCCGGUCUUUCAACACCAGGAACUCCCGGAACAGACGGCCAAGCCCCACCAUCAUCUGCACCAGCCCCAGGAUCGUCAGCCUCUUCUUCAGGACCCAAUUCAUCUCCAGGACUGCUUUAUUUCCAGACCAUCAAAAAUCGAUUGAGUGAAUUGAAAGAAUCCAAGGGCCAGAGCCAGAGCCAGAGCCAGGGCCAGGGCCAAGCAAUGGGAACUGAUACCACAGUUCCUAGCGGAACAAUGGACUCCUACUUCCAACAACUCGACUCAGACUGCCAAACCCUCCUGGCCAACAUGAAGUCUCUCAUUAAAACAUUUGCCAAGGUCACCCACGACAAACGAGUUCACCGCAAGGACUAUGACAACUCAGACACAUCGGAAGAUGAAGGGGUGGACCGUUCCGACAUCCUCCCACAAGUGUACCCUCGAUUCCUUGCUGGGGAAUUCAACGGUGGGAACUGGUGUAACCCUUUCUUCACCAAGACAAACCCCGUGCUCAACGCAUCUGGUGACGAUCUCAAGAACAGAUACCAUCUGAAAAUCAUUAUUGACAGAGACGCCUACAAGUCGAUCUUCCAAUUCUCUGAGGAAAUGAAGAAAUUAAGCGAUCAAACGCUUCAAUACCUUGACCCAGAGGUGCAACACAACUACUUCAACGAGCAACUUAAGGGGGAGAGAAACACCCAGAUCCUUAGACUCAUUUACAAGUUCUUGUACUAUGCGCUGCUGGUGAUUGAUAUGAUCGAAGCGUUCGACUUCACCGUAUUCUGUUUGAUCAAGCGAGAGGAGGAGCAGAAUACAAGAGGCAGUGAUGGCAGUGAUGGUGCCGACCCCACCCACAAGAGUAACCUCACUUUUGAUUACCCGGUAGUGCUCGAAUUCUUCCAAUCAAAGCAAGACCUCCACCACUUCAUCCUGCAGAUCGUCAUGGCCACCCAGGGUCUCACCUUAGAAGAUCCCGAAGUGUUCAAGGGAAUGAAGGAAGAUGACCCCUUGCUAUACAACCGAGACAUCAUGAAACAACCCAAUGAAAAGGCCGCCAUGCUUUUGAUAAACGUGUUGGUUGAGGAAACAUCCAAACUGAAGGGUGAAGCCAUCAGCUUGAACCCAGACGCCAUGAUGGCCACCUCCUUGUCCAACGGUGUCAAACAUGUAGACCAGAUCUUGACCAUCAUCCAGCAAUUAAUCGACGAACGUGACACUAUUUUGAACUACGCCACGCGUGUCAUGCACGACGACUUUAACGUCCAGCUUCUUGUCAUUGAACGGAACAAUACCAUUCUGUCCGACAAGACCGAGGAAUCCUCGCACUACUACUCGGGCAAAAAAUCCAAGUCCACCGACACCCCAUGGUAUUUGGAAGGAGAUGAGGAAUACGACUUGCUCAUGGACUUCAAGGGAAGCAUUAAGGGAGGCUCGAAAGAGGCUCUCAUUGCCCAUUUGACCCACCAUGACGUCUACGACACCAUGUUCAACUCGGCAUUCCUUGUGACUUUCCCCACCAUGAUGGGCUGUGGCCAGUUGAUUGCCCUUUUGAUCAACAGAUUCAACAUUGAAGCGCCUGAGGGGCUUUCGUACGAGGAGUACAACCUGUGGAUCUCGAAGAAACAAAACCCGAUCCGCUUGAGAGUGCUUAACAACAUGAAACUCCUUGUGGAGAAGUAUUGGGUCGAUCUGUACUACCACGCGGGCUUGCUCAAGCGUUGGCUUGCCUUUGCCCAAACCCCAACCGUGCAAUCAUAUUCGGUGGGGAAAACAUUGGCCAAUUUGCUAUCGCGUCUCUCGAACGGAGAGGUAGUUCGUAUUGAAAGACAGCCCGCCAUUUCCUCCACCAAAAGGCCAGCACCACUUACCAAGGGGUCGGUUAUGAAGAAACUCAAGCUCCUCGACAUUGACUAUGUCGAAUUGGCUCGUCAGCUUACGCUCCGCGAGUUUAAACUCUACUCAAAGAUCUCGAUGUUUGCCUGUAUUUGCAAAGUAUGGGGCCGGAAAUCCGGGCUUUCUGAAAGCAUAGAAACAAUCUCCGCUUUCAUCAAGGCCUCUAAUCAACUCACAAACUAUGUCGCAUAUAUGAUUCUCCGGAAACAAGAACCCCGGAAAAGAGUGCAACUCAUCCGUUAUUGGGUCCAAGUGGCGGAAAAGUGCCGUCAACUCAAUAAUUACUCAUCCAUGACCGCCAUCAUCCUGGCUCUUUAUUCGUCUCCAAUCCAUAGACUUAAGAAGACGUGGAAGUUUGUCUCCCCCGACACCAUGGCGCAUCUCCAGAACAUGAACAAGCUCAUGAACUCGACGCGGAACUUCAACGAGUACCGUGACGUGCUCAAGUUCAUUGGCCUGGAGCCAUGUGUCCCCUUCUUCGGUGUGUACUUGAGUGACCUCACGUUUGCGUUCCACGGGAACACCGAGUACUUGAUGAACAGACCGUGGAUGAUCAAUUUUGCCAAACGGUCAAAGACAUUUGAGAUUGUCUCGGCUAUGGACCGGUUCCGUAGCAUUGGGUACAAUCUCCAGGAGGUCAAGGAGAUCCAGCUCUACCUUGAGUCCUGGUUCGACAAGUGCCCCACCAUCGACGAGCAGUACCAACUCUCGUUGAACUUGGAGCCUCGUGAGACCGUCAAGCCGGGUGGUAACUUCAAAAAGAAAUAA